AUGGAUGAAGAUUCAAACAUCCCUCUAAUCUUAGGAAGACCCUUCUUGGCUACCGGAAGAGCGCUGAUUGAUGUUUAUGAUGGAAAGAUGAUUCUUCGGGUGGACAAUGAGCAAGUCAUAUUCAACAUGUUUAAGGCGAUGAAACAUCCACUGACUUCAGACACCUGCUGCCAAGUAGACGUUCUUGAAAAGUUGGUGGCAGAUACAUUUGAGACAGAGCAUCAAACAGUUCUUUGUGAAGCAGAAAUUACACAAUCUGGAGCAGCAAGUGCAGAAAAAACUGAAUGUAUUGUCAAUUUAGCGAAGCAACCAAUAGGAAGAAGACAUUGGCAGUAUGAAUCUCUUGGUGACAAUCCUUCACCCCCAGUACCUUCAGUAGAAAAGGCACCCACUCUUGAACUAAAGCCCUUACCUUCACAUCUCCGUUAUGCAUAUUUGGGAGAAUCUACAACACUUCCAGUAAUUAUUGCAAAUGACAUGACAAUAGAAGAGGAGAAUAAAUUGUUGGAGGUACUCAAGCAGCACAAAACGACAAUUGGAUGGACAAUAGCUGACAUCAGAGGAAUAAGUCCAACUCUUUGUAUGCACAAGAUUUUAAUGGAGGAUGGGUCAAAGCCAUCAGUGGAAGGACAACGUAGAUUAAAUCCAACUUUGAAAGAAGUAGUGCGAAAAGAAGUGCUGAAAUUGUUGGAUGCAGGUAUUAUCUAUCCAAUCUCUGAUAGUUCAUGGGUGAGUCCAGUGCAUGUUGUGCCAAAAAAAGGUGGAAUCACAGUGGAGAAGAACGACAAUAACGAGCUGAUACCAAUACGAUUAGUAACAGGGUGGAGAGUAUGUAUAGAUUAUAGAAAGCUAAAUAAUGCAACCAGAAAAGAUCAUUUUCCAUUGCCAUUCAUUGAUCAAAUGUUGGAGAGGUUGGCCGGUCAUUCUCAUUACUGCUUUCUGGACGGAUAUUCUGGGUAUAAUCAAAUAGUUAUUGCUCCAGAAGACCAGGAGAAAACAACUUUCACAUGUCCCUAUGGAACUUUUGAGUUUAGAAGGAUGCCUUUUGGAUUAUGCAAUGCACCCGCAACCUUUCAACGGUGCAUGAUGGCCAUAUUCUCUGACAUGGUGGAAAAAUAUAUCGAGGUAUUCAUGGAUGAUUUUUCUGCGUUUGAAGAUUCAUUUGAUGACUGCUUGAAUCGGUUGACUCUU